AUGCGACGCGGUCUUCUGAUUUUCGUCCUGGUGAAUCUUCUCGUCCUGUCGCUCCUGAUCCGCAGUGUCUCGACCCUCCUCUCACUGCUUGUGGAGGAUGCCGCGGCCGACGCGAUUCACCGCGCGGAACUGCCGUCACCGAACUCCAGCUUGAUCGAACAACGCCCGCAGAUUAUCCCCAAGAUUAUUCACCAGACAUACAAAAACGAAACAAUCCCAGAGGUGUGGCGCGAUGCCCAGCAGAGCUGCAUUGACCUGCACCCGGAUUACGAGUAUAUUCUUUGGACGAAUGAGAAAUCCCGUGAAUUUAUCGCCGCCGAAUACCCCUGGUUCUUGGAUACUUUCGAUGGCUACAAGUACCCGAUUCAGCGUGCGGACUCGAUUCGUUAUUUCGUUCUGGCGCAUUAUGGCGGUACUUAUAUUGAUUUGGACGAUGGGUGCAACCGCCGGCUGGAUCCCCUACUUGCAUACCCCGCUUGGGUGCGGCGCACCGUUCCCACCGGUAUCUCCAACGACGCGAUGGGCUCGGUCCCCCAGCAUCCAUUUUUCCUUCGGGUGAUCGAGCUACUGCAACAAUACGACCGCAGCUGGCUGCUCCCCUACAUCACCGUCAUGUAUUCCACCGGUCCGUUGUUUUUGUCGGUUAUCUGGAAGGAGUAUAUGCUGGAUAAGCCCGUUGAGUCCGGCCGGGUUCGGAUCCUCAUGCAAGACGAGUACAAUCGAUUCUCGUGGAGCUUCUUUACCCACCAUACUGGUAACAGCUGGCACGGCAAAGAUGCGCACCUCAUUUUCUGGAUGGGUCAACACUGGAUGUUUCUCACCUUCCUUGGGUUCCUGCUCGCAGCCGUCGUUGGCUUCUGCCUAUUCUGGACCUACGGGCGAGUUAUGCUUCUCGGGGCCAAAUAUCGUUACCGAUACACCAAGGUUCCCACAAUCAUCACCCCAUCCCGCCUGUCAUCUUCGCCCACUCGUCGAGCUCGGCGCUUAAUGCCUACCUUCAUCCGACGGGUGAGUUUUAAAGAAGACGAGGAAACUGGCGGGGCCACUGAGACUUCUUAUGAGCUCGGUCGGCGGGACGACUAG